AUGGAUGGGUCGCUACCUCCUCUCAUGGUCUCCUCAGGGUUUUUUCCCGCUGGGGGUUUGCUGGAAUCACUGAUCCACAUCUCUAACGAGGUUACUUCGAUCGAAAAAUUUCCUUCUGUACAGGUUAAAAACAUAUCGACGAUGAUAAGCAGGAUCAGACUUCUUUCUUCCUUGUUUGAAGAGAUUCAAGAAACAAGUGGCACCCUUCCUCCAUCCUCAGUCUUAUGCCUUACAGAGCUUUUCUCUGUUAUACGAAGAGUGAAAUUCUUGAUAGAGAGUUGCAAGGAAGGAAGUUCUCUAUGGAAUCUAGUUCAAACGGAGUUUGUUUCGAAUCAAUUCUAUGUAGUAGUCAAGGAGAUGGGAAGAGCACUGGACAUCCUUCCCCUCAGCUUGCUUAAUCUUACAAUGGACACCAGGGAGCAAGUCGAGCUUCUCCACAAACAGGCAAAAAGGGUUGAAUUGUUCCUUGACCGCCGAGAGAUUCAGAGAGGAGAUGAGCUUCUUCAACUUAUGUCCAAUAGAGCUGAUAAGAACAUCAAGAAUAAAGGUUCCUCUGAUUAUGGUAAAGUCAAAGAGAUAUUAGGCACCAUUGGGCUGAGAAGCCCCUUAGAUUAUGAAGAAGAGAUUUCAAAGCUAGAGGCAGAAGCUGAGAAGCAGGCAGGCACAGGUGGACUCAUCGUGGUCUCAAACAUCAAGAAUCUGAUAUCCCUGGUCUCCUUAUCAAAAACUGUGAUCUUCAGCGAAGAAAAAAAUCAGAAGAUCAAGGAGGAUCAAAAGCUACCCACUGCUCAUCUUACUAGCCGUUACGAUCAGCCCUCGUCUUCCCAAUCACUGAUUCUCAACAUCCCUGAUGAAUACCGCUGCCCAAUAUCACUUGACUUGAUGAGGGACCCGGUCAUAGUCGCAUCUGGCCAUACUUAUGAUCGAAGUUCAAUCGCACAGUGGAUUAAUUCAGGUCAUCAUACAUGCCCAAAAAGUGGGCAACGCUUGAUACACAUGGCCCUCAUACCCAAUUACGUGUUGAAAAGUCUGAUUCAUCAAUGGUGCCAGGAGAAUAAUAUUCCAAUGGUGGAAUCUGCAUUAUCCUCUUCAGAUUUGGGAAGAAGUAGUAGUAAAAGAAAAUUAUGUGCAAAUGCAGUAGAUCAUAUUUCUGCCAGUAAAGCUGCAGCAGAUGCAGUCAAAAUGACGGCUGAGUUUUUAGUGGGGAAGCUAGCGACAGGAUCACCAGAUAUCCAGAGACAGGCAGCAUACGAGAUUCGGCUACUUGCAAAAACUGGCAUGGACAAUCGCAGGAUCAUAGCAGAAGCAGGAGCUAUUCCAUUCCUUGUAACUCUGAUGAAUUCUCAUGAUCCAAGAAUCCAGGAAAAUGCAGUGACUGCUCUGCUCAACCUUUCCAUAUAUGAUAACAACAAGACGUUGAUUAUGUCUGCUGGUGCAAUUGACAACAUAAUUGACGUUUUACAAUCAGGAAAAACAAUGGAGGCAAGAGAAAAUGCAGCAGCAGCAAUCUUCAGUUUGUCCAUAGUAGACGAUUACAAGAUAUUCAUUGGAGCCCGUCCUAGAGCCAUUCCGGGCUUAGUUCGGCUCCUAGGAGAAGGGACUACAGCUGGGAAAAGAGAUGCAGCAAUAGCACUUUUUAACCUUGCAGUUUACAAUGUUAAUAAGGUCAGUGUCGUUCUCGCUGGAGCAGUUCCACUGCUCAUUGACCUGUUGUUAGAUGACAAGGCUGGGAUCACCGAUGAUGCAUUAGGCGUGCUUGCCCUCCUGCUUGGAUGCAGUGAAGGAUUAGAAGAGUUAAGGAAGAGUAGGAUCUUGGUUCCUCUUCUUAUCGAUCUCCUGAGAUUUGGAUCUUCCAAGGGAAAGGAGAAUUCGAUAACUCUGCUGGUCGGGCUAUGCAAGGAUGGUGGCGAGGAUGUUGCGAGAAAGCUGUUAAUGAAUCCGCGAAGCAUUCCAUCGCUCCAAAGCUUGGCUGCAGAUGGAUCUUUAAAAGCUCGAAGAAAAGCCGACGCUCUUCUUAGGAUACUGAAUAGAUGCUGUUCUCAAUCUCGGAAUCCUGUUGGGUAA